GAGCCUCCUACACUUCCGAAUCACACACUCCCACAGAGCCUUCUUCUCUCUUUCUCGCUCUAAAGCAAAGCAAAGCAAAGCAAAAGCCAUGGCCACCGUGAGAGUGCUCGCCGUCUCGAACAGCUCGUGCUUGCUGUCGAAGACGACGUCGUUCUUGGCGAAGCAGGGGCCGUACAGGAACAGUCUCUGCUUCACCAAAAGAGGAGGAGCGGCGCCGUCAUUGUCUCGGCGGUCCUUGACUUGCCGCGCUAUCUACAACCCCGAGGUCCAGAUCAAGGAGGAAGGCCUCCCUGAAACCCUUGACUACCGUGUCUUCUUCGUUGACCGCUCCGGCCAAAAGGUAUCACCUUGGCAUGACAUACCUCUGCGCACCGGGGAUGGUGCAUUCAACUUUGUUGUUGAAAUUCCGAAAGAAUCAAGUGCAAAGAUGGAGGUGGCUACUGAUGAGCCUAACACUCCCAUCAAGCAGGAUACAAAGAAAGGCAAACUUCGUUACUACCCCUACAAUAUAAAUUGGAAUUAUGGAUUGCUUCCACAAACAUGGGAAGACCCAUCCCUUGCCAACUCUGAAGUGGACGGAGCAUUUGGUGAUAACGAUCCAGUUGAUGUUGUUGAGAUUGGGGAAACUCGGAGAAAGGUUGGCGAGAUUCUCAAAGUCAAACCCUUGGCUGCUUUAGCCAUGAUUGAUGAAGGGGAACUUGACUGGAAAAUUGUGGCAAUUUCAUUGGAUGAUCCAAAAGCUUCUCUGGUUAAUGAUAUUGAUGAUGUCGAGAAGCAUUUCCCGGGGACUCUUACUGCAAUAAGAAACUGGUUUAGAGACUACAAGAUUCCUGAUGGAAAGCCUGCUAACAAGUUUGGUCUUGGAAACAAGCCAGCCAACAAGGAUUAUGCGCUUAAGGUCAUAACCGAAACCAACGAAUCAUGGGCUAAACUCGUCAAGAGAUCCAUUCCUGCUGGAGAACUGUCCCUUGUUUAGAUUCAGGUGUUAUUGUUCAUAGUCUCUUCGAUCCAUUUGAGAUUUUCCUUUGGUGAGCACACUGAGCAGUCAUGUUAUUUAUAUGAAUGUACAUCGAUUCCAAUUUUUUUCACCAUUGAGCUAAAAUAAUUCCCUGGACCCCUGGUGUCUGCAGUAUUAGGUCACAUGAUUGUAAUUAAAUAAAGAAUUUUGUUUCAGUAAUGGACUAAUGCAUGAAUCACUGUUUUGCAUUUGUC